AUGGACGCGACGACCGCGCCGCACCACAUCCCGCCGGAGAUGCCCCAGUACGGGGAGGCGAACCACAUCUUCGAGCUGAUGCAGAACAUGCUGGAGCAACUUCUGAUCCACCAGCCCAAGGAUCCCAUCCCAUUCAUGAUUAAUCACUUGCAGCGAGACAACGAUAAUGUGCCGAGGGUGAUCAUCCUGGGUCCACCGGCCUCGGGGAAGACGACCAUCGCCAUGUGGCUGCGCAAACAUCUGAACUGCAGCCUUCUCACCGUGGAGAACCUGAUCGCCAGACAGCAUUCUUCUCUGGCCGCAGGUGCCAGGAGCCAGUUCCAGAAAAUGAAGGCAGUGCCCCGCCGACUGCUGGUGAAGCUGAUUCAGGAGCGCAUGCAGGAAGAGGACUGCGUCAGCCAGGGUUGGAUUCUGGAUGGCAUCCCUGAAACUCGGGAGCAGGCGCUGAUGAUCCAGACCCUCGGGAUCACCCCCAGACACGUCAUCCUGCUGAGUGCUCCAGACACUGUCCUGAUUGAGAGGAACAUGGGGAAGAGAAUCGACCCUCAAACUGGAGAGAUCUAUCACACCACCUUUGACUGGCCCCCCGAAUCUGAAAUCCAGAACCGACUGAUCGUGCCCACGGGCAUCUCGGAGCCCGAGACGGCGCAGAAGCUGCUGGAGUACCACAGGAACAUCAUCAGGGUGCUCCCCUCGUACCCCCGAGUCCUGAAGGUCAUCAGUGCUGACCAGCCGUGCGUGGACGUCUUCUACCAGGCUCUGACCUAUGUCCAGACCAAGCAUCGAUCCAACGCCCCGUUCACCCCGAGGGUGCUGCUCUGUGGGCCCGUGGGCAGCGGGAAAAGUCUGCAGGCCGCCCUCCUGGCCCAGAAGUACAGCCUCGUCAACGUCUGCUGUGGGCAGCUGCUGACAGAGGCCGUGGCCGACGAGUCCAGAUACGGCGAGGUCAUCCGGCCCUACUUUGAAAAGGAGAUGACAGUCCCCGACAGCGUCAUCGCGAACGUGCUGAGCCAGCGCCUGAGCAAGCAGGACUGCGUUCAGAAAGGGUGGGUGCUGCACGGCUUCCCUAGGGACCGGGACCAGGCGCACCUGCUGCACAGCCUGGGCCACCAGCCCAACAGUUGUUCUGUGCUGCCCUUGGUGCCCCUGGGGUUGCAGGAGUGUCUGAGGUUUCCUGGCAGGACGGUGCCCCCCCGCCGGGAUGCCCCCUCCGCCCAGAUGGGCGCUGCGCUCUCAGCUCACUAA